AUGACUUCUAACCUGGCCCCCCUCAAGCCAAAGCAGAAGCGCCGUCUUUACGAACCCAUCAUCUUGUACAAAGCGCUGGCCGAAAUCACCCUCGAAGAGGGUGCUCUCAGGCAAGCAGAAGUCCCCGACAACCCAGUGACAGAAGAAGAAGAGUAUCAUCUUUUUCUUCAUAGCAUAGCUGGUGUGUGCGACAGAAAGAAGCGAGGCGCGACAGUUACUUCUGUGAUGAUCCUCGAUGGAGAAGACAAGUUCACAUAUGUCUUUGGCUGUAAUCAGGUCUUUGACAAAGACUUGCACGACACAAAAGAAUUUCUAACAUCUUUGCUGAAGAGACUAUCAGGUUUUCACUUGCUCUCGAAAGCGGAACUAACUUAUGUUCGAAACGAGAUCUUCGAGAUGAUACUGGCCUUUAACUCUCCGAGAAUCAAGAGCUAUCUUGAUACACUGAGGAAGAACAUUGCCCAAUGUCUGCUGUAUUGCGAGCAACAUGCGGCCCAACUUGAUACUGAAGUUGGCAAAGGUCUAGAGAAUCUCAGCAUCGCAAUCGAGCAGACUACUUUCAGCGAUAUGAGUGAUACCCAAUAUUUUGCAUCUUUCACUAGCGUCCUAAGGGCUCUCAAGGCUUUCCUGACAUCACAAACAACAAAAUACAUAGAGACCAUCGCCAUAACCGGCCGUACCAGGGAUGGCAAAAGUUUCGAGUGCUGGUCAGAGUUAAGGCACGCCAUCUCGCGUCUCCGGAGCUACUAUAAAACAGUACAAUGCCUCAUCGACUCGGAGGAAGCAUGGCCAGAACUCUUCCAGGAGUUUGUCGUUGUAUCUAUCAAGUCCACCAAACCAGAUCCAAACCCCCUUGGGAAAAAAAGCGAAACCUCCCAUGGUAUUAUCGGUCGAAUGUGCAGCGACCAAGCUUCAAUUGAAAGGUAUCGUGGUCUUGCUAGAAGCCUGGAGUGGAUAAACCUGGAAGAUCGUAUCGAGGCUCAAUGUACCAGAUCGUCAUUCAAGCCAUUUGUGCACUCAGAGGUCCUUGUUCUUGAAUGGGCGAUAGCUCGGCCCAACAUCACUUUCUUCCGUGACUGGAAGUACAUAGGUAGUAGCAAAGGAGCCUGCCAGCUCUGUCGCUACUACUUUGAUGCUGUGGGCCAACAUAACGACAUCAAGACGCGAUCUAGUCACGGUAAUCUCUAUGUCAACUGGCGAUUUCCGGAUCUUAGGGAGCCCGAAAUAUCUUUUGACAAGACCCGGCGACAAACAAUCUUUAAUUCCAUGAUGGCUAGGAUUCGGGAGGAUGCUUUUCGUAUCUUGGUUGAUAAGAGCUCCAGGGGCAAAAGGCACGAUUCGAGCACCCAUCCUCUGACUUCAGUAUUGUGUGCAAGUACUGAUAUUUGGAUGGAUACAGCUCGUGAGAUACCUGGCAUUGAUGAGUUGGGUGAGCAAUUUUCCAAAGGACUCACCCUGGAGUCGGUAAUCGAAACCAUUGAGGAGUCGGACGCGGAUAACGAGGAUGGAGGGAUUAGUCUUGGGUGA